CCACACACACACUUCACCUGGCACUUACACACUCACACAUACUCUCUCUCACACACACACACACACACACACACACACACACACACCCUCGUGCAGGGAGUUGACGCUCAGCUCAGUCCCAGUCCUGUGGCUACUCGAGCGAGGAGCCUGCCGGUGAUCGGACUGUCGCCUGAAGCGAAGAGGCCGAGCCGGCGUUGAUUCAAUUUUACAGCCCAGUCACUCUCUCUGGGGCUCCGAUUAGUCUGCCGAGGGAGACGAGGGGGAGAGGAGAGGAAGGAGAGGGAGAAGAGCAAGAAGAAGAAGCAAAAAGAGGAGUAGUGAUGGCUAUGACCGACAUUGCAGAGGAUGACCUGGAUGAGAUGAUGCGCGAGGAAGCGGAGGAUGUCUUCUACGAGGACGGUGUGUCGUCCCGCGUCCCGGAGAUCAUGGCGGCCGGCACCCACUCCCCCGGAGGACCCAAUGGUAUAAUCCGGAGUCAGUCCUUUGCCGGUUUCAGCACACUGCAGGAGCGACGCUCUCGGUGUAACUCCUUCAUGGGGAACACGGCGGUGCAGAAGAAGCCCCAGUCGAAGCCAAAGAAGCCCCACCUGUCAGGACACAAGGGAGGCAGCAGCUCCAGGGAGCCGCAGCCCAAAAGACUGGAGGAGGUUUACACUGCGCUCAAACAAGGCCUGGAUGAAUACCUUGAAGUCCAUCAGACGGAGCUGGACAAACUCAUGUCUCUGAUGAAGGACAUGAAGAGGAACUCCCGCCUGGGAGUGCUGUACGAUCUUGACAAGCAAAUCAAAACCAUCGAGCGGUACAUGAGACGUCUGGAGUUUCACAUGAGCAAGGUGGACGAGCUGUACGAGGCCUUCUGCAUCCAGAGCCGCCUGAGGGAGGGUGCCAGUCGGAUGAAGCAGGCCUUCUCCUCCUCUCCCUCCACGAAAGGCACCAAGGAGAGCAUCGCGGAGGUCAACCGCCGCUACAAAGAAUACACCGAGAACAUGAGCACGUUCGAGAGCGAGCUGGAGAACCUGCUCGGAGAGUUUCAUAUCAAAAUGAAAGGCUUGGCAGGAUUCGCUCGGCUCUGUCCUGGAGACCAGUAUGAGAUCUUCAUGCGGUACGGUCGCCAGCGGUGGAAGUUGAAGGGAAGGAUUGAAGUGAACUCCAGACAGAGUUGGGACGGGGACGAGAUGGUCUUCAUGCCUCUCAUCACUGAUCUCAUCAACAUCAAGGUGACGGAGCUGAAGGGUCUGGCCACUCACAUGCUGGUGGGCAGCGUAAUCUGUGAGACCAAAGAGCUGUUCACCGCCAUGCCUCAGGUGGUGGCUGUGGACGUCAACGACCUGGGGACCAUCAAACUCAACCUGGAGGUCACGUGGUACCCCUUCGAUGUCGAGGACCUGACCCUGUCGUCGGGCAACGUGAGCAAAGCCACGGCGCUCCAGAGACGAGUGUCGGUCUACAGCCAGGGCACGCCGGAGACGCCCACCUUCCAGGACACCUCCUUCUUUUCGACUUUGCCGGACGACGUCUUCGAGAACGGUGGCUGUGGUGUGGCCGAGUGCAAGAGGCUCUCCUUCACCUUCUCCGACACCUCUGGCUCCACGCCGAGCCCCAGCCCCGCCCCGAGCUCCCACUCCCCGGGCCAGUCCAACCCCGAGAUCACAGUCACCCCUCCAGAAACAGAUCCGUCGUCGAUACAGAUCCUCCCAACAAGGGAGGACUCCAUCCCGGAGGAGCAUUCAGUUGAGGAAGAGGAAGAGGUGUACGACGACGAAGGGGAGACGGGUAGCAGAGGAAGUAGGGCCACCAGCGCCAGCCUCGCCAGCGAUGAAGCCGAGGUGGCGGAGGACUCUGAGUGGGAGCGCACAGAGUCCCAGAGAAAUUCUGGCUCCCACUGUGGCUCAGCCGCGCCGUCCCUCUGCUCUGACGGACACCUGUCUACCGUGGCUCCGGAGGACGUCUUCUUGGACCACACAGACGAACUGAAGCCUGUGGAACUGGACACGGAGGAGGCGGGCAGCCUGACCAGGCAGCUCGUGAAGAGGCUGACCUCUUCGGAAAUGGAGCCGCCGAGUGGGAGCUCCAUGGAGGGAGGAGGAAGCCUGAGCUGGGCAGGGGAGGGGAGCAGGGCUUUCCUGGAGAGCAGCCUGGAGGAGGCCAUCCACAGCCUGCUGAUGAGGCUGGAGUCUCUCACUCACCGCUGCCGAGAGCUGCAGGACCUGGAACAGGAAGCGAUGCGUCUGGAGGACCUGCUCAAGUGUCGACUCCCGGGUCACAGGAGCCGGUCCUCCAGCCUCAGCCUGACAGUGGAGAGCGCCCUGGAGAGCUUCGACUUCCUCAACACCUCUGACUUCGACGACGAGGACACUGGAGACGACAACCCCGUCCUCAGCAUCCCACAGAGGUCUCCGAUUUUUGACACGGACGGAGAGAGGAUCGGCAGCCAGCAUCCAGAAGCCAGAGGACACCUGAGCGAAGCCCUGACGGAGGACACCGGGGUGGGCAACAGCGUGGCAGGAAGCCCCCUGCCUCUCACCACCGGAAACGAGAAUUUGGAUGUGGCGAUCGUCAUCCACCUGCAGUACUGUAAUCACCUCAUACAGCUGUUGACCGGCUGUGGUGGUGUGUGGCAGCGUCGCAGCGUUCUCCUCAAACUGUCCAGGCAGACGGAGCUGUUGGAGGAUCUAGCAGAGAUCAGUGUGGACAGACUGGGAGCCAUCACAUCUGCUGCCGAUGUGCUCCCUGGCCUCGCUGAGCGCCCGCAGCUGAUGACGCUGUGGUCGGAGUGCAGCGGCUCCGCGGGACUCUUCCACACCACACUGGACCGAGUGUUCAAACACAUGAACCAGCGCUACACCGCGGUGCUGCAGGAGGGACACCCACACAGCGCCGACUCAGAUUUUCUUCCCUUCUGUCCAGUGAUCGGUGUCGUAGUGGGCGAGAUGGUGGACAGGAGCGAUCUGGUGGCGGCUGCGCUCUCACAGGACGUCCUCACUGUGUUUCAGUUCCACAGCUACAUCUUACAACACGAAGUCCAGGACAUGGAGACACACCUGCUGCAUCUGGCCAGAGAAGAUGUGUUUGCGGAGGCUCUGUGCAGUGGGGAUUACUCUCAGUGUCUCGCAGAGAUGGACAGUGUGUCUGUGUCCUCCCUGUGGCCUAGAAACAGCACCUUGAGGGCCCUGGCCUCCCUGCUCACUGCAGAGGACCCUCAGGUCAACAAGGCAGCAGCCGAAUACCUCUCGUCUGGAGCGUCGCGCAGCCACUUCAGGACCAGAGCGGUGGAGUGCUACACCCAGGCGCUGUCAGAGGCUGGAGGUCAGAGCCAGAGGGCGGCAUGCUCAGCUCUCAGCUGUCUGCAGGCGGUGGAGAGCAUCAGGGCGGUCAUAGCACUGUGUGAUUCAGCUGAUGAAGAGCUUCGCCACGUCGCCAUAGAAACCCUUCUCACAUUCGGUGAGGAGGGGCGGCUGGCGUACGAGCAGCUGGACACAGUCCCGGGGGAAAUGAUCCGCCUGGGGACGCGGAGAGGGAACGCCGUCACCACUGCCUUCUGAGCCGUCGCCGUGCCAGCGGAAGACGUCACAAAAUGACUCCUCAGCCCGACUGCCGAGGACAGCACCGCCCCUAGCCUCGAACCCCCCGCACUGCACACCUCACAGGGCUGUUAAUGACUGAUCACUUUUUAUUGAUCUGCUUCUGGGCACAGACUUUAGGAUCUCCGCACCGCCACAUCGGAUCACUGUUUUUACUGAUACUGCCUCCUAAAAAGGAACUAACACCAAACAAAACCGUCUUAUAACCACAAAGACACACAACCUACACCCCUCCUGCACACUCUCUCUCACACACACACACACACACACACACACCCUUCCUCUCCCUGCUUUCUGAGCCAGGCAUUCACAUCGAGUUUAACUGGAGAAUUUGACUGCCGCCGAGAGCUGCUCCAAAGACUGUGGAAGCGAUGCAUCUUCACAUAACCUCUGUCAACAAGCUAUCCACACACACACACACACACACACACACACACACACACACACACACACACACCACUUGUAUCACUAACUCAAUGAUUAAUCAUCAUCUUGAUUGUUACAGAGUGUCACGCAAUAUACUCACUAUGAUCUUUGUAUAAUCACUGUUUACUAUCACAUGUUUUUAGUUGGUGAUGAUUUUUUUUUUUUUUUUGCAUUAGUUGCAUUAAUUGUUUUCUGACGCUUUCGGACGAUUUGCACUGUUGUAAGGCUUGUAAAUAUGGCAUAUUUUACACAGCCGGUGUAAUAUAUGUGCUUGUAUUUAAAGUAUAUUUUUAAGUUCCGUUUUUUUCUAGUACGUUCCAUUUUGAGUUUCAGGGAUUCUCGUAUUGGUUGAAAGAUUUGUGUUUUGUGGCAGGGAGGACCAGAAAUGCGUGGCUUCAGAGGGGACGAUGCGCGGUGGUUCGACAGCGGUUUUUACAGUCUCAGACGGAUUUUGACCUCAGCUAUCUUGUCAGUGGAGGAAGAACUGGAGGGUGGAGGUGAAGAUGGUCGGCACAGGGCGCACAAGGUUCACUCACUCUGCAGUUUAUACUAGAGAUUUCUCACACUCGCAGUUGAACGAAGUGCAAUUUUCCUGUACACACGCGACUCUUUUUUUUGCACCUCGCUGACAUGAGAAUACAUUUGAUAAUAAAAGUCAGCGUCGACCAGUUGAGCCUUGACGUGAUCGAGUGGGCGCGUUUCGCUCUUUUGUAGAUGUAUUUUUACUACCAGGUACGGAGCUAGUCGAGGGCAAUAAAAUGUGGCUUAGGAUCGUGAUUGUACGCUUUCUUAAAGGGCAAGUUCACCCAAAAGUGAAAAUGCAGUCAUUAUCUACUCCCCCUCAUGUUGAUUUAAAAUCUUAGUGCUUGUAGUCCACAAACGCUAUCACAGGAGCUUUCGACCAGGAAAGGGCUAGUUACUUAGCAUGCUAACAUAAGUAGAUAUCGCUAGAACACAGUACAUAAAUGCUGUAACGGCAAAAACAUUAUUUCUUUCAAUUCUGUUGAAGAUUUUAGUGCAUUUUGUAUAUGUUCCCAUCUAAAAUUCUUACAUAUUGCACCGUUAUGAAACGGCAGAUAUAUUUUUUUAUGACUGAAUUUUCAUUUUUGAGUGAACUUAUCUUGUAAUAUCUGUACAGAGAGGAGGAUCCUUUAGGCUAAGUUAAGGCGUAGCCUCAGUGUGGGCUAACUGCACAUUCAUACAGUAUGUGAGCUAAUUGCAGGAUUAGAAAUUAAGCUUUUUUUUUUUUUCUUUUUCAUAAGAAGCUGCAGAAUGAAGUGUUCUGUCCGGCAUGUCUUGGGUCUGUUUUAUUUCCCUGCAUCCUAACUGUAAGGUGGGAAAAACUGGCCUGAGGUAUGCGCCUAAUUCCAACUUUUCUCAAUGUAACUGUACUACUGAGUCCUGUGUUCGUUCACACAUCUUAUUUAUUAUUUACUCCUUGUAAAUCUAAUAUUCUUUGGAGUUAUGCUGUAAUAGUGCAGAUGGCAUUGUUAUGUAAAUGAAUUGUAUAUUUAUGUUCUAUUUCGGAGCAGGUCUAGUGUUUGAAAUAUUGUUUAUCGUUUUAAAAAGGCACCAUGCAAAUGAUCUCAUGCUUAACUUUAAUUGGAGUUUAUUUUGAAUGAAUUAUAUUAGAUAAAUUAUUAUUUUGGAGAACAUUUAAGAUUUGCUAAUAGAAUUAUAGAUUUGUUUCCCUAAAAGGUCCCUAAAUGUAAGGGGACGUUAUAUAUUAGAAAAUGUUACUUUAUUACCUAGAUUUACCGUAACCAAAGGAGAAAUUAAUUUUAAAACGGUCUUUUAAUAAGAGCUCAUAGUUCAUUAAGGAGAAUGUAUUUUCAACACAUUUACAUUUUGGCCAGAAGACUCGGACUUAUCUUUAGAAGCACAACUUAAAAUAGGACAAACCCAUAAUAUAUGAAUCCUGUCAUCUGGUUCUAGCUGCACAGUCCAGAAGCCAUAUUGAUUAAAAACAAGUGGUAAUAUUUUUAUGAAAUGUAUUUUUUUCUUUUGUAUUAUAAUCUGUAAAAAUGUGUGAAGUUGUUACUAAAAGCUAAAGAUGGCGUUAAGUUUUUUUUUUUGUUUUUUUUUCUAUACAUCAUUUUGCAAGACAUGGUCUAUAUUUUAAGUAACUUUUAUUUCUUCCAUGAUAGCAUUACAGUAUUUUGGUAAAGUAUCUAAUUCAUCCACUCACUCCGUCUUGUUUUUUUGUUUUUUUUUUGGAGUGGGCUUUGUUCUCUUUACAAACUUGCAGUUGACCAGUGUUAAGUCAAGUUGAUUCUUUGGCUGUUGGAUUCUGUAUCACCACAAACUACAAGCUGUCAAUUUGUGCACAUCUUUAAUUAUUUAGAGAGUGGUUUUAGGAAUAACGUGGUACAGUUUGCUGAAAUUGAUCUUUUAUCCAUCUCUGUGGUCAAAAGCUUCCGUAUGGAUCCAUUUAGUUGCAUACUACUCUUCUCCAUUGUCAGUAUUUCCUCUGCUCAUCAAAAGUUGCAAUAAAGUUUAUUUUUGCAUAAUUAAACCCA